AUGAGUAUGCCUCGGCUCUCGUCUUCCAGGGUGCUUACUGGGCCCUGGAAGAAUACUAGCGCUUCAUUUACUCCCAAGCACAUCAACUUGCGUACCAACUACCGGAACCCAUCGACGGCUCUUAGGCCGUCGCCGCAGCAGCAGCAACGGCAGCACCAACAGUUGCAGUUCAUCAGACGAUUCUCGUCUCCGGCCCAGCCUGCAGCUGAGGGGCCUCACGAUACUGUAGCUGAGAAGCAGGAGAUGGUAGUUGAAACGAAGAACGAUCCUUCAGCAAUUAGAACGGAGAAUAUCCCGCCAAAAGUUAAGAAAUUUCUCGGGUACAUUGAAAUGGAAUUCACCGUCAAAGGGAGACCCGCCCUUACAUUUUAUGGAGAAUUCUGGCUCAGGGACAACUGCCAAUGCCCAAAAUGUAUCCACCCAGACACAAGGCAGCGGAGUGUAGAUACUUUCAAGAUACCGCAAGAUGUUAAUGCCAACAAGAUUAGAUACGAGAACCGGGCUGUUUUGGUCGAUUGGUCUGAUGGACAUACUGGUGUCUAUCCAACCUUUUGGCUUCUUGCACACCAAAACAAGUCCCCCAAGAGGCCAUACCCCUCAAAAGCAGGACCAUCUUUCCGACGCUUCAAGAAAUUUCAUCCGACUGAUCCAAACUCUCAUUAUCCCACUGUCACGCACGAAAAAGUCAUGACAGAUAACACAGCCGUGCGCGACUGGCUUGAGAAGAUAUACGACUGGGGAUUUUGCUUUGUCGAGGGCGUUCCUGUCGAGCCAGAGGCAACACAAAAACUGAUAGAGAGAAUUGCCUUUGUCAGACAUACUCACUACGGUGGCUUCUGGGAUUUCACGGCAGACCUAAGCUUCAAGGACACUGCAUACACAACGGAGUUCCUUGGUGCGCAUACGGACAACACUUACUUUACUGACCCCGCUAGGCUUCAACUGUUUCACCUCCUGUCCCACAUUGAUGGCCAAGGAGGGGAGAGCUUACUUGUUGAUGGGUUCCGGGCAGCCCAGCUCCUGAAGCUCGAGAACCCUCAGAACUCCAAGGCAUUGCACAAGUAUCGGCAGCCGUUCCACUCCAGCGGCAACGAAGAUACGUGCAUCCAGCCUGUCAUUCAAUAUCCAGUAUUCGUCACUCAUCCCACGUUCAAGCAACAGCUGUAUCAGAUUCGAUGGAAUAACUACGAUCGAGCAGCUAAAGUAGACUGGAGCUCGAAGGAGCAGGAAGAAUGGUACACUGCAGCACGGCAUUUCAACGAGAUCAUACACCGGAAGGACUUGGAAAUCUGGACACAACUUCAGCCCGGAACAGCGCUCAUCUUUGACAACUGGAGAAUGCUCCAUGGACGUUCAGAGUUCACUGGAAAACGUAGGAUGUGUGGUGGCUACGUAAACAACGACGACUUCCUCUCCCGCUACCGUCUUCUCAAGUUUGGCCGUGAGGCUGUUUUGCGAAAUCUCGGAAAUACGUACAACUCUGCGAGCAAUCCAAACAUGUUCUUCUAG